AUGAGACUAUUCGAGAAGUGCGUGUAUAAAUCUAAAAUCGAACCUAUCACAAGAAAUAACAUUGGUCCUGACCAAUUUGCUUAUAAAAAGGGUCACAACUCGACUAUGGCUCUGAUUAAAUCCCAACAUCAAUGGCUAGAGUGGCUGGAUAAAAACGCUAAUUAUGUUAGAGUGCUGUCGUUCGAUUUCAGCAAAGCAUUUGACAGUGUGCCCCACGAUCUUUUGUUUGAAAAAGUUAAAAAGCUACCCAUUAAUCCGUAUGUGGUGAACUGGUUAAUUAGCUUUCUAGAAAAUAGAAUACAAAGAGAAAUGGUUGAUGGAAUGGUUACAGAAUAUUUAUAUAUUAAUCGUGGUGUCCCUCAAGGUAGUGUUUUAGGCCCAGUUCCUUUCUCAAUAAUGGUUGAUGAUAUUAAAACUGCGCAUGCUGAUCUUAGUAAUGCGUUAGUCAAAUUUGCUGACGAUUUGACGUUACGAGUGCCUGGCAACGAAAGUGGCGACACAUCUCGAUCUGAAGCUGCCUGUUUACAGGAUUGGGCGGAAGAGAAUAGAAUGCCUUUAAACUUGGAAAAAACGUACGAAAUGGUUGUUCGCAGACACGUGCACACCUCUGUAGUUUUGCCCGAGCUUAUCCCUUCAAUUAAGCGAAAAAGAA